GUCCAUCCCAAUUCGGCUCUUCCUGGCUGGCUAUGAACUAACUCCCACUAUGAGGGACAUCAAUAAGAAGUUCUCGGUGCGCUAUUACCUCAAUCUGGUGCUAAUUGAUGAGGAGGAGAGGCGUUAUUUUAAACAGCAGGAGGUAGUGUUGUGGCGCAAAGGGGACAUCGUGAGGAAAAGCAUGUCCCACCAGGCCGCUAUCGCCGCGCAGCGCUUCGAAGGCACCUCGUCCCAGACGGAGAGCAGAGCCCCCAGCCAGGCUUCAGAGAACAACGGGCGGCAGUGAGGGGCCCUCGAAGGAACCGUGGACCGGUGGGGGGGGGGGAGAGCGUCGAGGGCGGCUCUUCCGCCAGAAAACUUGCAAAUGCAAAAUUGUCUGUCAGGUUGUCUUUCUGUCUGUCUGUGUUUCGUCUUUUUAUCUUGAGGACUAGCAGCUUAACAGGACCGGGGAAGGGGGUUGGCACACACAC